AAGCAGCGCCUCUAGGGGGAUGAGUAACGGGAGCCGGAGUGGGUCAAAAGAAGCCGGUGAUUACUUUCUCCAGUUCGAGAUUUGGACAUUAGACAGUUUAGCUGAGGAAUCUGCUCCGGCAAAUACGAGAAAUGAGGAGUUUUCUUUGGCUAUUCAAGGCUUAUUAAAAGUUCUCCAGACACAUUUUGCACAACUGGAAACAUUAGGCUUGAACCCAUCUAAGGAAUGGUGAAAUCAGGAACAAAAUCAUUAAGGUCCUUGAGAUAGUGAUGGCUAUUCCUCAUGAAUCUGAAUAUGGAGGCUACUGGAACAGAUGAAGUAGAGAAAAUAAAAUCAAAGUUUAUAUCUGCAUGGCAUAAUAUGAAAUAUGGCUGGGUAUUGAAAACCAAAACUUACUUUAGCAGAAAUUCUCCUGUCUUUUUACUGGGAAAAUGCUACCAUUUCAAGAGUGAUGGGCCCAGUGACCAAUCACCAAAUGGUUCCUGUGAUGACAUGACAGAUGAAAGCUUUUCAAGAAACGUCGAAGAGUUCCGUAAAGACUUUAUUUCUAGAAUAUGGUUGACUUACAGGGAAGAAUUUCCCCAAAUCAGGGGUUCAGUUUUAACCACAGACUGUGGCUGGGGCUGUACUUUGAGAACUGGCCAAAUGCUUCUGGCUCAAGGACUUAUUCUCCACUUUCUUGGUAGAGAUUGGAUUUGGGCCAAUGCCUUUGUCUUUGAGAAUCCAGAGUCUGAAUCAUGGACAAGUCAGACAGUAAAAAAGCUCACGGCAUCUCUUGAAACAUCACUUAUAGGAGAAAGAGAAUUCAGGAGCCAGUCAACUCAUCCUAAAAGUCCAAUACGCAACCAGGGAACUGAAGAAAGUGUGGAGGAGCAGUAUCACCGAAGAAUUAUCUCUUGGUUUUCUGAUUCACCAUUUGCCAAUUUUGGCUUGCAUCGGCUGAUAGAAUAUGGAAAGAAGUCUGGAAAAAUAGCUGGAGACUGGUAUGGACCAGCAGUGGUAGCGCACCUUUUGAGGAAAGCAGUUGAAAAAGCAAGGGACCCGGAAUUACAAGGAAUAACCAUCUAUGUUGCUCAAGACUGUACGGUUUACAAGUCUGAUGUUAUUGAUGCUCUUUGCCCUUUCACGGAUUCUGAAAAGACAAGUGUCAAAUCUGUUAUUAUAUUAAUUCCCGUCAGGCUUGGUGGUGAACGGACCAAUAUGGAAUACUUUGAGUUUGUGAAGGGAAUUUUGAGCCUUGACUACUGCAUUGGCAUUAUCGGAGGAAAACCUAAACAGUCAUAUUACUUUGCUGGAUUUCAAGAUGACAGCUUGAUUUACAUGGAUCCUCAUUAUUGCCAGUCUUUUGUAGAUGUCAGCGUAAAGGAUUUCCCCCUUGAGUCUUUCCACUGCCCUUCUCCAAAGAAGAUGUUAUUUAAAAAAAUGGAUCCAAGUUGCACCAUAGGAUUGUAUUGUCCUGACAUGCAAGGUUUUGAAAGGGCUGCUGAAGAAAUAACUAAGAUUUUGAAAUCCUCGUCCAAAGAGAAAUAUCCCUUGUUUACUUUUGUAAACGGACAUUCCAGAGACUACGAUUUUGUGGCGAGUCCAGUCCAGGAAGAGAAGACAAUGUUCUCCGAAGAUGAACACAAAAAGUUGGCGUGUUUUAACAAUGAAGACUUUGUCUUGCUAUGAGGACAUUUUUAUUUAUUCAUUGAAAAUGAUUUUAUGCUCAGUCUUCACAGAUGCUACAAAAUAGUUUAACUAAAAGCUACAAGCAACAUAAACACAAUUAAAAGUAAUUAAUAAAAACUUGUGGCAAUAAGCAGUAGACUACCAAGGACUAUCAUCAAUGAUCAGUUUUUCAAAACUUGUGUUUUGAUUCCCAGCAAAGGGAAUCCUAGAGUUUAAGACUAGGACCACUGCCCAGUAAUCUUUGCUUUGCAUAACCAUGCACAAUACUUCAGUUGGGAAGUGACACAGAAUAGACACUCAGUGGUGAUUCAAGUCUAAUCUGCAAGAUUAGAAUCAUCAGGUUUUUCCAGCAGUUGAAUUCCAGGAGAUAUUAAGCCCAAACUGUCCGAAGUCCGUUAGUCUAAGUAACAGAAAAAAAGUAAAAAAGAUGGAAAAUUGAACAGGAGGAAUUCCUUAUAUGAACAACAUAAAGCCAUAUCGCAUGGAACCUUUAAUUAAAUAUUAGCUUUAAUUGAUAAAAAUGUAAGGUUUACCAAACAAAGCAUCUAUUGGCAUAUAAUUAAUAAGAACAGAUUUGUAAUUAAUAUGUCAAAAAGCUUAGGAAUUAGUAAUUCUGUUCCUGGUGGUUAAAGGAAUAAACUAAAAGGAACCCAGAACCUGUACUGUGAAAGGCUAAUUAAACUUGUGAAAGACGAUAAAAGACAACGUUGAAGGUCUACAGUGUUCAGUGUUGAUGUUGAGCUCAGGCACAUCUUAACAAUUUGCUCAUCGUAGUAGUCAAGUUUACCCCAUUCUAAGCAUACUUCAUAAAUUGUACAGCAUCUUCCAUACAUUUGGUUUCUGCACCAGACGUCUUUGACCAGUGCUAUCACACAGCAGGAAAAAGGGAUACACCAUAUAUAUAUAGCAACAGGUAUGUUUCCUGGCCCAGGGGCAUUAGAAAGUCAAU